ACUGACUUGAUUUGUGUGGGUUUUUUUAAGGUAUCGGGUGUACCUCUCAAGGUCAAAGUACGAAACCAGAUCAACAUGGCGCUGGGUACCAUCGACCAUAUGGCCCACGUGAAGCAGUUCAGCAACAUGGUUCUCCCGCUGCUGUGGACUGAGAUCGGCAUGGAGGAGCUGCCGCCGGGGAUGCGGACGCGGUUCGUCAUCUACAUGGUGAUCCUGCCGGUGGUGACGCAGGUGCUGCAGUGGGUGAGCCUGGUGGGCGGGGCGGCGCUCGUGUGCGCGUCGCUGCUCGCCGCCUUCUGCAACCCGUGCGCGCCCGUCGAGGACGUGGAGACGCGGCGCAACUCGCGCGCCUGGCUGCAGCAGGACACCGACGUCAACAACAAGUCGGUGCGCAAGCAGCUGCCCGAGCUGCUCAUCGUGGAGGCGGAGCGGCAGGCGGCGCACGCGCUCAAGCACGGCAUGGCGCGCGAGCGCGAGAUGCAGGUGUACCGCUCGCUGCUCGCGCCCGACGACGCCAACGAGGUGUCCGGCUCGUCCACCGCCUCGUCGCGGAGGACGUCGUUCGAGCAGGCGUACUGCUAGGCCUCGCCCGUGCCCGCCUCGGCGCCGAGGCUUUGGCUGACAGUAUUAUGGACUCGAUGAGCACACCCCGCUGGCGGGGGCGGUGCCGGCCCGGUGGUCCCCCCGACUGACCGAAAGCCCCCGGGACCCCCUGUGUGAACGCCAAAGGUCGCGGUGGGGAGGGCUUCGCUUCCCUUCCUGCCGGGAGCCUCGCUGGGCCUCGCGCGCGCUGGACCGGGAGCGGGACUCCUGGGACGCACAGCCCGCCAGAGUCGACUGUGUGUUGGGAUGCAUGAGCUAAAUGGCCAUCUUGCUCCAACUUGUUGCUCAAUUGUGAAGUUUUUGUUGUUAUCUCUGUCUCCUUUUUCGAUUGGAGGGAAAGUCUGUGAUGUGCUACUCUUGCCUGGGUAAAGUAGUUGUAUGGGUAACAUGACAUUUUAGGAUGUGAUUUUUUUUAUUGUACCUUGACUACUUCUUAUUUAUUGAUAAUGUUUAUGUGUUAAGGAUGAGAUUUUCUACAAAUCCCUGUGUAAAUAGUUUCUGUUGAUGUACAACAUUCUACUUAUUUACACAGCUCUCGCAUUACCAUCCUGCUAAAAACAUGAUUUUAAAUGUGAAAUUAUGAGAUACCAAAGCUGAAUUGUUUAGCAGCGGUAAGACGAGGGUUCAGGAUUCAACAGUUAAAACAGGGUAUCAUAUGUGUAACUAAUGUGCAUUUCUAGGGUAGUUUUAGUGUGCUUCAGACUAUUUGUUGAACACUGCAGAAGUUUGUUUAAGAUUGAUAUGUCCCUUUGGCCAUGUUAUUCUAGCAGUGAAUCAGUGAAUCUCAUUAAAUUUGAGCUGACAGAGCACUCACAUUGUAAAUACUGCUCAUCAUCUCAAUUUUUCCUAACACCGAAAGCUUGUUUUUUGAGACAUAGUGCAAAUUGUAAUGUGUGGGCCUAAUACUGCUUUUUCAAAAAUUGGAGCCUUAUUUGAAUCUAGUCUGAAGCAACGCCAUAUUUAGGAAUUUUUAAGCCAAUUUAAUUAAAUUGGUAAGGCUGUUUGUUAAUUUUGGUUUUACAAAUGCUUUCAAAGUUUGUUUGUUUUUCUGUUAAAUACAUUAAAACAGAUUUUCAUAUGACAACGUCACUUGAGGUCGAUCCAUGAGCACAUCGCCAUUAUUGCGUAUCUCUGGGCUGUCCCUAUGAUACCUGAGGUUCUCGGCUUCCCAAAUCUAUUAGUGAAGAACUACUAAGCAAUUUAAAGAUAGGUAUCUACAGUAACUCUGCUUAUGUGUUUCUUACUAACAAUAUUUUUGAAGGUGUACCAAUUGUGUAGUGAUUCUUUUGAUCUGUAGGGGAGUCGAGCUUUAGUUAAUCCGUAGUUUAUAGGAUCGUUUUCUCAUUGUAUAAAUCGUUUGUCCCUCUCUUUUUUCUUGUGUUUACACACUCUCUCUCUCUCUCCCUCCCAGUGUUUAUAAACAUACAAUUUUGUAAAUCACGAAUUUUGAAAGUUUGUUUAUUUAGAAAUUAGUGUUAUAUGUGAGCGUACUGGUAGCUCAUGAAUGGUUUUUCAAAUAAACGUAUGAUAACAAUUUUUAAAAUGAAAAGAAUGUGACGCAAUAAAUAUGGGAAAAGAUAAA